AUGAACCAGAUUGGCGAAGCUGCGUUCCAGGCUGCUGCUCUGGACCACACCAAGGCCGCCUGGGGCAAGGGGGUUCGUCUUGCUGCCGGUAAUGAUACAGGCCACUUCCCGCAUGGCGAGAAUGUGAGACAACUGGAACUCAUGCAUGGCACCGGUGUGACGCUCCUGGACGUCCUGAGGGCCGCAAUACUAGGCGGAUGGGAGGCUUGUGGUGGAGACUGGGGUGGCAGAAGAUUUGGAUUGCUUAGGGCGGGCUGGGCGGCAGAUUUAUUGGCUAUUCAAAACGAUACGCGGGAAAACACAGGAGCAUUUAGGAAGUUUAGUUUGAUCAUGAAAGAUUGGAGUGCCGUGGAAGAUUUUCGAAUAGUAGAAUAA